UCCCGGCUACUCCAGGAAGGCGAAAAAAAAAAAGAAGAUGGACGACAGAACACUUACCUGAGAUCUAAAUCAAUUUAAUACUAUACAACUUUUAUUAGUUAGACCUCUAUAUAAUUAUGUAUACUAUCAAGUCUCUUUGUAUUAAUAUAGUGAAUAAAUAAAUUAAUCAUUAACUACUGCGAUAUAUUUUGUAUUGCUUUGUUUUUUCCUUUGUAAAACUCCGAGUUAGUUUUUCUUGGCCAACACAUUAGCUCCACUCACUGAGGAUGUACAGGAGUGUUUUGGUCGGUUCGGUUCUUUUUUGUUUGUGACGCUCUGGGAUAUGGAAGUUUUACAAAAUGACGAGGGGGAAUCGCAUAAAUAUAAGCCGGGGGGUCGCCUGGACAUGACUCAUGGUUUCCUUCACCAUAUCCGGAGAAAUCAGAUUGCCAGGGAUGAUUAUGACCGAGAGGUGAAACAGGCCAAAGAGCAGCAGAGGCGCAGACACACGGCAACCCCGCGGAGACCCCGCAGACCGGACCGGGAGGUGUAUAAUCCCCGCCAUCGCAGUGGCUCAGAGGCUGGGGCGGGUGGAGAGGUGGAGGAGUGGAACGAGAGCGGCUCGAGCACAGAGCAGGAGAACACCGGCACUGAGCUCUUCUGGCUCGACUACCAGGCUGACAAUGGGAACGUAACGUCUUUCCUCGUCUAUAAGGAGGAUGAGCCAGAGAGUGUCGUCAAACAAGUGGAGCAGAAGAAUGUUCUGGACUCGGCUUUGAGGGCGGCGCUGUUGGCACGCAUCAACAGAGAAAUGGAUAAGCGGCGAGACAAACGCUGAGGGUUGAAAGGAAAGCAAUAAUGGACGACUUCAUAUUUACAAUAAAGACUGUUGUAAUGUGUGAGAUACAGACCUGCAUGUAACACACACAAACCAACACACACCACUGAGCAUGAUGGAAACUGAUUGGAACUACAGAGCAACAGUGCAGAUGUUUAUGCAGAUGUUUGUUUCUGUGCGCGCACACACACAACAGAGGUGUUGUGAAGAAAAGUGAGGGAAGUUUCACAGUGCAAAUGAGCAACUUUUUGGAAUAAGAUAUAGAUAUAAUGUAUCAUAUGUGUUCUCCUGGUGUUAGAAGGGGUUACGCUGAAAAGAAAAAAGCAGAAGGAACGACAUUUCAAACUCUGAUCACAUUUCGUCCAUUUACAUUUGGAGUUUCACAGAUCCGCCCAACUUUUUUUGUACAUUUUCCAAGGAAUUGUUGCAUGAAAUAUUCUGCAGGUUUGUAGUGUUUAGCCCAGGAUUAGACGCAAACGAUUUCACAAACUAGUUGAUAUAGAUAGAUCAACAGAAACCUGCCACGGUUUUUAAAACCAAAACUGUACGUCACAGAAAUAAGAUCGUGGUUCAGGUCGAGGUAGAAUGAAUCGUGAAAGAGGUCAUGUUUUACACACAUUUCAUACACAGGUGUGUUAUUAAUGUUUAUUUAUGAUGCUUUAUGCUGAUUUAAGGAGACCUUUUGUCUUCUUGAUUUCUUUUCUGCAGGAACGGUCAGUCUAAGGACAACUGUAUAGACUUUUUCUUAAUGACAUUCUCCAUCAUUCUUCAUCAGAAUUUCUUUUGGUUGCAGAAAGAGAUUUUUAUUUUUGUGUCUGUUCUACUACAUAAAGCAUGCUAAAGAAUCA